UCCCGCCAAGUUUGUGACAGAGUGAGUGGAGUGAGUAGCGGAGAACGCGUCAGGAACAAGGAUAGGGGAACUGAGGCUCGAUUUCAUUUCAGAAGUACGAUAUGUACGUCAAAGUUAGAACCAUGGACGGCACUCAGACUGCCGUCCUCACCAUAUCAAAACUAACAAGCAUAGAUGAUUUCCGAGGCAUGGUAGAGGAGAGAAUGAAUAUCAACAAGGAUCGGCAGCGACUGUUUUACCGCGGGAAGCAGAUGGAAGAUGGCUAUAGUAUGUUCGACUACAACAUCAACGUCAAUGAUGUUAUCCAGCUGAUGGUGAAACCAGUGUUGUCGGAGACCAACAUCAAUACCACUAUAAAACCAGCAGUCUCCAAAAAGAUUUUGGAGGGCAAGGAGAAUUCCCAGACUAGCCAGGAACCAGUGAUUAUAAAGGAGAGUGAAUACUACAGAGUGGGUGACUUGGUGGAUGGGAAGUCCCUAUAUGAUGGCACUUGGUGGGAGGGGAAGAUAGUUAAGAUAGUACCCAACCCCAACAUUAAGGAGUCCUUAGAUGGGGAUGAUGGCUUCUUGUAUCAUUUUGUGGAUGAGAGGUGUGAGCCAGAGCCUCCAUCAGAGCUAUUGCUGAAACACAUUCGUCCCCGUGCUCACCGUUUACUGCAUUUGAAGGACUUGAAGCCUGGUGACAUGAUCAUGGCCAACUACAACCUUGAAGAGCCUCAGGAGAGAGGCCACUGGUUUGACUGCAAGGUUACACAAGUCAUCAACACUAGGACAGAGAAGAAAGUGGUGGCAACAGUGUUUGUUGGAGCAGAUUCCUCCCCCAUGGAAGAUUGCCACAUUAAGCUGAUAGAUGAAUUGUUUGCUGUGGAAGAAAGCAUUAAGCUGACUGAGCGCACCGAGGACAUGGAAAGGCUGGUGGUCCAAGGCUCCCCAUCAAAAAGGAAGAAUGCACCUAAUUGCUCUACCUGCAAAGAUAUCCUACGACGCAAAUGUAAGGAAUGUGGUUGUCACCAAUGUGGGGGAAAGGAGGAUCCCCAGAAGCAACUCAUGUGUGAUGAGUGUGACAUGGCCUUCCAUAUCUACUGCCUCAACCCACCCUUAGACUCCAUCCCUGACCUGGAUGAAUGGUUCUGUCCACUGUGUAAGAAUGAUGAUACUGAGAUUGUGAAGGCUGGAGAGAAGCUGAAAGACAGCAAGAAGAAGGCCAAGAUGGCAUCUGCCAAGGGAAACACCUCCCGUGACUGGGGCAAAGGGUUUGCAUGUGCUGGCCGCCAGAAAGUUUGCACCAUUGUUCCACAGAAUCACUUUGGCCCUGUCCCUGGUGUGGAGGUUGGCACUCUUUGGAAAUUCAGGCUGCAGGCCUCUGAGGCUGGUGUACAUCGACCACAUGUAGCAGGAAUCCAUGGCCGAGAAAAUGAGGGAGCUUACAGCAUUGUUCUGUCUGGAGGCUAUGAGGAUGAUGAAGACAAUGGAGAUUCAUUUACCUACACAGGCUCGGGUGGCCGUGAUCUGUCGGGCAAUAAGCGAACAGCAGAACAAUCCUGUGAUCAGCAGCUGACCCGCAUGAACAGAGCAUUGGCCUUGAAUUGCAAUAUUGCCAUCAAUGAGACAGGAACUGAGGCCAAAGACUGGAAGGGAGGCAAACCUGUGCGGGUCAUCAGGAAUGCCAAAGGACGCAAACAUUCUAAGUUUGCACCUGAAGAGGGCAACAGAUAUGAUGGCAUUUACAAGGUGGUCAAGUAUUGGCAAGACAAAGGAAAGAGUGGCUUCAAGGUGUGGCGGUAUCUUCUACGGAGGGAUGAUCCCACACCAGCACCGUGGACCAAGGAAGGGAGGAAGAGAAUUGAGAGACUGGGACUAACAAUGCAGUAUCCUGAGGGCUACUUGGAGGCUCAACAGGAAAAGAAAGAAGCACCUGCAGAGGAAGAGAGUGAUUCAUAUCAGAAUAAAAAAGCUAAAGGAAAAAAAGAAAAAAUCAAGAAUAGAAAAAGAAGUUUAGAGAAGAAGAAUGAGGAAGAGGAUAAGAAUGAACCAAUAAAGAAGAGGAAGUCUCUUGGGUACAGCAUUGAGAAGGAGGUGGAGGCCUUAAUAGAAAAAGACAUCCAAAACUGUCGAAUGUGGGAAGAAUGUAAGACAAAACUUCCUGAAGGCCAAGUGUGCUUCCUGAGCAGUGUGCAAGACAAAUUUUUGUGUGUUUGCUGCCAAGAAUUGGUGUUCCAACCUGUGACUACUGAGUGUGCUCAUAAUGUAUGCAAGACAUGCCUUCAACGCUCCUUCAAGGCUGAAGUAUUUACCUGCCCAGCCUGCAGGCAUGAUCUAGGAAAGGACCACGAAAUGGAAGUCAACAAGCCUCUUAGCAAGUGCCUCUUGGCACUCUUCCCUGGAUAUGAUGCUACACGCUGAACUGAUCUUAUACUUUUAGAUGCAUUUUGAGUCACUAAUGGAGGUUCAUGAAAACAGAACUCUGGAAGAGCAUAGUUGCUAGAUACAUGAAGCUGAUUCUAUCGUAGUGGAUGUUUUUCAAAUUCAUAUUGAAUAAGUAUUAAAUGGUCAGCUUAAAUUAUAUAUUUAUGCAAAUAGACCUGCUGAACAGUAAUCUAAACAUAAUACUAUAGUUUGUAAUAAAUUGAUAUUGAUUUUAUCCUUUCUAGUUUUAGAAAUCAUACCAAAUGAACUUUAAAUGAUGUGCUUAUAUGACACAUUUGUUUAUACUAAAAGAGUUACUAACACAAAUUUUGAUACUAAUAGUUUGUAAUGAAUAUGUAUUCAGUCUGUAUUAUUUGUUACAAUUAAAGAUUGGCUAAUUAAUAUUUA